AUGGCGGUGUUAAGUGUCUAUAUCAUCAACAAGGCUGGUGGACUUAUUUACCAAUAUGACCACAACAGUUCGCGCCCAGAAAUAGAAAAGACAUUUGGUUAUCCAUUAGAAGUUGUUCUCAAAGUACACGAUGACAAAGUUGUAGUUGCUUUCGGUGAAAGAGAUGCUAUUAAAGUUGGCCACACAGUUCUUGGAAUUAAUGGCAUUCAAGCUGAGGGUAGAUUCCUUCGUGAUGGCAGAGAUAUUCUGGAAGUGUUAGCCGCGGAGGAGAAUUACCCAAUCAAUAUAAAAUUUGGACGACCCAAACUAACGACCAAUGAAAAAAUUAUGUUAGCCAGCAUGUUCCACUCGUUAUAUACCAUCAGCUGCCAAUUGUCUCCUGAACCGCGUUCCUCAGGAAUAGAAAUGUUGGAGACAGACACUUUUAAGUUACAUUGUUUUCAGAGCAUGACAGGCAUAAAAUUCAUUGCCCUAACAGAUCCACGCCAAGUUGGAGUUGAUCAACUACUAAAAAAACUUUAUGAAGUCUAUUCAGAUUAUGCUUUGAAAAAUCCAUUCUAUUCUUUGGACAUGCCAAUACGAUGUGAAUUGUUUGAAACGAACCUUCAAGUGUGUAUAGAACAAUCUGAACGUGCAGCCACUGGAAUGUGA